UCCUCCUCCUAAAAAAAACGCUUUCUUUCUUCCUCUCGUAAAGAGUUGUUCAGUUUCUCUUGACUAUUUUUCCUUGAAGAAACAAAAAUGUUCAUCGAGAGUUUCAAGGUUGAGAGUCCUAACGUGAAGUACACAGAGACUGAGAUUCAGUCCGUGUACAGCUACGAAACCACUGAACUUGUUCAUGAAAACAGAAAUGACACAUAUCAAUGGGUUGUCAAGCCCAAGACUGUCAAAUAUGAAUUUAAAACCAACACCCAUGUCCCCAAACUAGGGGUAAUGCUUGUGGGGUGGGGUGGAAACAAUGGUUCAACCCUCACCGGUGGUGUUAUUGCUAACCGGGAGGGUAUUUCAUGGGCAACAAAGGACAAGAUCCAACAAGCCAAUUACUUUGGCUCGCUGACCCAGGCAUCAGCUAUCAGAGUGGGGUCUUUCCAAGGAGAGGAAAUCUAUGCACCAUUUAAGAGCCUGCUUCCAAUGGUAAACCCUGAUGAUAUUGUGUUUGGGGGAUGGGAUAUCAGCGACAUGAACCUGGCUGAUGCCAUGGCCAGAGCCAAGGUCUUUGACAUCGACCUGCAGAAACAGUUGAGGCCUUACAUGGAAUCCAUGGUUCCACUCCCAGGAAUCUAUGACCCGGAUUUCAUUGCUGCCAACCAAGGAGACCGUGCCAACCACGUCAUCAAGGGCACAAAGAAGGAACAAGUUCAAAAAAUCAUCAAAGACAUUAAGGAGUUUAAGGAAGCCACGAAGGUUGACAGGGUCGUUGUCCUGUGGACUGCCAACACAGAGAGGUACAGCAAUGUGGUUGUGGGACUAAACGACACCAUGGAAAACCUCAUGGCUUCAUUGGAUAGGAAUGAGGCUGAGAUUUCACCUUCCACCUUGUAUGGCUUGGCUUGUGUUUUGGAAAAUGUUCCUUUCAUUAAUGGAAGCCCGCAGAACACCUUUGUCCCAGGGCUGAUUGAUUUGGCCAUCAAGAGGAACAGUUUGAUUGGUGGAGAUGAUUUUAAGAGUGGCCAGACCAAAAUGAAAUCUGUGUUGGUGGAUUUCCUUGUGGGGGCUGGUAUCAAGCCAACAUCAAUAGUGAGUUACAAUCAUCUGGGAAACAAUGAUGGUAUGAAUCUCUCAGCACCACAAACCUUCCGCUCUAAGGAAAUCUCCAAGAGCAACGUUGUUGAUGAUAUGGUCAACAGCAAUGCCAUACUCUAUAAGCCUGGUGAACAUCCAGACCAUGUCGUCGUUAUUAAGUAUGUGCCAUAUGUGGGGGACAGCAAAAGAGCCAUGGAUGAGUACACUUCAGAGAUAUUCAUGGGUGGACACAACACAAUCGUGUUGCACAACACAUGUGAGGAUUCACUAUUAGCAGCUCCUAUCAUCUUGGACUUGGUCCUUCUUGCUGAGCUUAGCACUCGAAUCCAAUUUAAAGCUGAACAUGAGGACAAGUUUCACUCAUUCCACCCUGUGGCAACCAUCCUCAGUUACCUGUCCAAGGCCCCACUUGUCCCACCAGGUACACCAGUGGUGAAUGCAUUGUCAAAGCAGCGAGCUAUGCUGGAAAACAUCCUGAGAGCUUGUGUUGGAUUGGCUCCUGAGAACAACAUGAUCCUGGAGUACAAGUGAAGUACUUGGAAAGAGUAACGGUUGGGAUAAUCCAGUUCAAUGUGCAUAAAAUUUAUCCCAUGCCCCUCUUUUCUGCUGUAUAAGGAUAUGUUUGCUAGCAAGUUUUAAAUUUGAAGUUCGUGUGAUUUGAUAACUGUCUUUGCUCCCCUGCUUACUUAUUUGAUAGCAGGCCAUCUAAGUAUAUGAAAUAAAUAUGCAAGUUAUCAAAUGGUUUUGUGCUU